GCUCGGGCCCAAGCGGAGGCCCUCCACAUUGGGGAUGUACACUUUUCUGUCAAGCCUGGUUCCAGCACCUCCUCUCCCAAGCUCCACUCCAGUGCCGCUGUGCACCGGCUCAAGAAAGACAUCCGGCGAUGCCACCGCAUGUCCCGCCGCCCACUGCCCCGUCCAGAUCCCCAGAACAGCGGGAGCAUGGGUGGUGGGGCUGGCAUCCGUCCGCCUGUCUCGCCCUUCUCGGAGACCGUCCGCAUCAUCAACCGUAAGGUGAAACCCCGUGAGCCCAAGCGCAGUCGCAUUAUCCUCAACCUCAAAGUCAUUGACAAAGGUGGAAAGCCAACCAAUGGGGCUGGGGGCCUGGCUCGGCCCAAGAUCCCAUCCCGAAACCGUGUCAUCGGCAAGAGCAAAAAGUUCAGUGAAAGCGUCCUUCGCACCCAGAUCCGCCACAUGAAGUUUGGCUCCUUUUCGCUCUACAAUAAGCCGUCCGCUGCGCCUGCCCCCUCUCUGGAGGGCAAAGGGGAGGCCGAAGGCUCCCAGGCAGCCUCCUGUGGGCUCAUUAUGGGCUCUACCCCCUAUGAUGCCCCCAGCUCCAGCUCUUCUGGCUGCCCGUCGCCUGCCCCCCACUCCUCCUCCGACCCAGAUGAUUCCCCUCCAAAGCUGCUCCCUGAGACCCUCAGCCCAGCCAUCCCUGACUGGCGUGAGUCGGAGGUCCUCGACCUCUCGAUCCCGCCAGAGUCAGCUGCCACCAGCAAGCGUUCUCCCCCAGGAGGGUGCAGCGGGGGGCAGACGCCUUCCUUGUCCCUUUCCUCUUCUGACCCGGAACAGGAGGCUGGCGACUGGCGUCCCGAGAUGUCCCCUUGCUCUAAUGUGGUGGUCACAGAUGUCACCAGCAACCUCCUCACUGUCACCAUCAAGGAGUUCUGCAACGCAGAAGAUUUUGAGAAGGUGGCGGCAGGCAGUGGCGGAGGAGGCAGCAAGUGA